GAGUCUUCGAAAUUGAAUUAACGUUUUUCGUACUCCCUUUUGUCUUCAGGAGUUCUGCUAAUUACUCGGACUCAGCUCCGCCGCCACUCAGCAAUUUUCAAGAAUGAGUUGGGAGGUUGCCAAAGAAAUAUUUAGCUCAGACUUGGUGAGGCAACUAUGGGAUGCAUUUGAGAUCCAAGCGCUGGUAGUGACAAGUCUAGGAUUUCAAAUGGUACUUGCAGUAUAUGGCAGACGCAGGAAGUACAACUCAGGAGUUUAUGUCCGAUUCAUUGUUUGGUUUUGCUAUUUAAUGGGCACAUACGUCUCCACAGUUGCCCUUGGCAAGCUCACUGAAACCAGUAAUGACUCCAUUGCUCUUACCAAUAUCACUUACGGCGAUGUUCGCAAAGUGAACGUCACAAACAAUGAGCUCAGGGCUAUAUGGGCACCAUUGCUUCUGGUGCACAUUGGCGGUCCUGAUAGCAUUACCGCCUACGCAGUGGAAGAUAAUAGGUUGGGUUACAGACAAUUUCUUGAAUUAGGAGUCCAGAUAGGUGUUGUCCUGUUAAUCUUUCUCAAGGCUUGGAACAAUUCUUGGCUCUCAAUCAUAGCCCUGACUUUGCUUGUUGGUGGAGCAAUUAAAAGUCUUGAGAGAGUUUGGUGUCUGAGGUGCUCAGCUAGUACACAAUCCGUCUUUGAUACUUUAUCAAACAGCGAUAUUCUUGAAGCAGAGAGGGUAUGGUUUCUCAAGUCCUCCGUUCCAGGUCUAGAAUUGCUUGUGAAGGCCUAUAGACGUUUCGAGCAUUUAAAGCCACAUCUUCAGAAUUGGAUAGGUCACCCUUUGUCUAUAAACUUCCCUUCAAUGAGCACAUAUUAUUAUGAUCCUGAAGAUGUUUUCAGAAUAGCAGAAUUUGAGUUAGGCUUUAUGUAUGAUGUCCUCUUCACUAGAUCUCCCAUUAAUUAUUCCUGGGCAAGUUUUCUUCGACGUUUCAUUUGUUUCCUUUCUCUAGUUUUCAGCUUGUGUGGAUUUGCAAUCUUGUUCAGGAACGCUGAUGUGCGGCUUUUAACUAUUCUUGUCUCAAGAAAAUAUGACAAAAUGGUAGACAUUGCCAUUACCUAUCUGCUGCUAUCUGGAGCAAUUGCACUGGAGCUUUAUGCACUCGCAUCGAUCCUUUACUCAGAUUGGGCACUACUUUAUAUGAUUAAAGAUCGCAAGAGUCCUUUUGUGGAAAAUCUUCUUCAACUUUUCGCUCGUCAGGUCCCAAUGCGGUGGCCUAGGUGGUCCAAUUGUAUGGAGCAGUUAAAUUUGCUGCAAUAUUGUCUAUACCAUGAUCCUACCUUGUCUGGUAGACUAAUCAGUAGGAUCCUCAAGAUUAGGGGCUGGGAUGAAAGAUUGAAGAGGUAUCGUUUAACAAGUUACGUUAUAGUUCCUGGAAACAUGAAGAAAUUGAUAAUUGAACAGAUAGAGGAGGUUUCUGGACAGAGGGUUUGGCAACCUUUCAGCAAAAGAGGGGAAUGGGCUCUGGAGAGGUUCAAAUGUCUAGACCAAUUCAACUGGAGCAUACAGACAGAUUAUACCACUGAAGCAAACCAGCAAACCAGUUUCGGAAGGGCUAUAAUCAUAUGGCAUAUUGCAACUGAUGUUUGGUAUUACGCACCGGAAAAAUUUAAUAAGAGUAAGAAUACCAAUUAUGAUCAUCAACAACAGCUUGCAAUGGCAAAAUAUCUAUCAGAUUACAUGAUGCUUCUCUUAGCUGAACGUCCUUGCAUGCUUUCCAUUGGCACAAGGAACGUUCUUUUCGAAGGUGCUUGUGCUAAAUUGGCAAUCUUCUUGAAGAACAUAGAAUCAACUAGAAAAGAAACAGAGUCUAUGAUACAUUGCUUUUCAAGGAAUUUGCUAGAAAGUCGUUUCGAAGAUAGUGCAUUUGGCGACCAGGUGACGAUUGAUGUUGAUGAUGUAGUGGACGGAUUUCAUACGAGCGAUGCAAUCAUAUCAGACUGGGAUGUAGUAAUGGAAGCCAAACUACUUGCUGAGCUUCUGAUAGACAGGGCAGAUAGAUGGAGUCUCCUGGCGAGCAUAUGGAUUGAAAUGCUUUGUUAUGCUGCCAGUAAUUGUCCAUGGGUUCGGCACACAGAACAGCUCAGGCGAGGGGGAGGAUUGAUCACUCAUGUCUGGCUUCUUUUGAACCAUGAAACAAAUAAAUUUAACAUUAGUAUAUAUUGAUGUUCUUCUGAUUUAUGCAUCUACAAUUCUUGCCUUCAAUAAAGACAUAAUUUUACUCUACUUAA